ACCCCUUUCAAACCUGACACCACUGGAGCAGUUUGCUCGGGACGAGUGGGCCAAACGACCGGUGGACGGGUGCAGAAGUCUCAUGGAGAGCUCCAGGAAUCGCUUGUGGGCAGGGAUGGCAAACUCUAAAGGUUGUGCCACCAAAUAUGAGGUGAAGGGUCCCAUCAUUUGUGUCCAUGCUAUUUUCAUUUGAAAUAUUCUGUGAAAUCAAACCUCCAAAGAAAACUCUCUGAUUUUUUUUUUUUUUUGGUUAAAUAUGGAAUGAACAAUGGUGGGUGCCAAUUACUUUGGUCAGUUUCAAGUUAUUUCAGAGACAAUGGUGGGUUCUUCUUUUAUUUUUUUUUUGUUGAGGGGUAAACUUGUUCACACAUCAAUUCAACUCCAUCUGAUUGGUUCUCCAUCAUUAAAAAGCCCAGAAUGAAUAUUAAUUAUUCCAAAAGUAGCAAAUAGAGACACAAAAAUAUAAAAAAAAAACCCAGAAUGGUGGUCCAAACUGAGGAAAACAAAGUUAACCCGUUCUGUUCCUGCAAGAAAAUUGGCUCAGCUCAAAUGUUUUUUUGUUGUUUUGAGUAGACGUGCUCUUCGAGUUCUCUUUGUUUGCUAAUUUUCUUCUUUUUUCCAGGGAAAAGAUGGACAUCCUGGACCCACUGGACCCAGAGGAGAAAAGGGUAUCAAGGGUGUGCAAGGAACCACUGGAGGGAUGGGACUCCCUGGCCUCGAUGGGUCGACCUGGAAAGACGGGACUCCGAGGCCCUGCUGGGCAGAAGGGCCAGACCGGCGACCACGGGCAUGAAGGACCUUUGGGGCCAAAGGGGUCAAAAGGACUUCAGGGAGAAAGAGGACAUCAAGGAAAGUUUGGACCCACUGGGGUGCCAGGAAAGGAGGUAAGAAAAUGCGAGUAAACUCCGGUCAGAUCUUUAUUGAGGGUUCCGAAUUACCCAACUCCUACCAACAGAGUCCUUGCAAGAAGCCUACACGGUUGGUAUCAUGGCAGCCAAGGAUGGCAAGAAGGCAUAUGGUGUCCAUUUUAACAUAUCCUCCUCUCCCUCCAUCAUUCAUCCUCCCUGCUUCUGUCAAAAUGUCAUCCACCCAAUGUCAAAACUCCAUGGUCUCGUAAUCUCUGCCAAAAUGGUGGAGGUAGAGAGGAGAUGGAGAUUGAGGCUGGCAGGGAGUUAUGAUCUCGGAACUCACAAUUGAGGCGUUUCCUCCAAAAACCGAGGCCUGAAGGCUUCAACGAGGCCUAGACACCAAAUCAAGAAGCAGGCUUUUGGCUUACACAGGCCCAACAAAAGGCAGUCAGCGCUUUAAUAUUCAGAAACUGAAGGAAAGGAGGUUAGGGUAGGGUUACCAGACGUCCGGUAAAAGGAGGACAUGUCCUCAGUUUUCAGCGUUGUGUCCUCCGUUCGCCAGGCAUUGCCUACAAAGGUGAAAAUGUCCAGCUUUCCUCAUUCACUGACAUGACCAUGUUAUUGGCUAUCAUCUCUGUUUUACAUAAAUCAUCUGUGUUUUAUAAAACUCAAGACACGGCUCCGCGCCUACGCUCACUUCGCCAUUUUGUGUUGUCUGUACUUGUUAUGCGAAUAUGCAGUCGUCUUUUAUCUAAAAAUG